UGCACAAGUCUAGUUUUGUUUUGCGCUUUUGAAAUCUUAAUACUGUCUCUUCCUUACUUUAUGUCGCUACUAUACAGUAUAUAUAGUUUUUCUUGGUAGAUUCUAUAUAUUGGCAAAAGAUGAGCUUAUUGUAUCGUCUCACAAGAUAGCCAAUGUGAGCCCAAAUUACUUAUGCGAUAUUUGCACACUGUCUGACAACAGAGGAGUCUUUACAAAAAAAGCUUCUCAAUUUUAAAAGGAUUCUCGAACAUCAGUGAAGAUGUUUUGUAUAUUUUGGACUCUGCUAAAUUCAUGCCAGUAUUAAAAAUACAUGUUUAAUAAUAUUUGGGUAAAGCACUACAAAAAAUAAACAUGAUAAAAAUCACAUUAUGGUGAAAGACGAUUGUUUAACUUGGUUCAGAGUUUACACUUUUAUUACAGAACAAGUUGAAAAAGAUGCAUCCAAGCUGAAAAUACAAUCAAUCAACAGGGGUUUACUUUUGUACAAAGCUGGAGUCAGUUAUGUGUGCAGUAAAAACUGAAAAACUCGUGUUUUAAAACAGCUGUAAAAAAGUACAGGUCUAAGAUCAAAUUCAAAACCUUUCAUUUGGUAUGUUUUGGUUACACAUUUAACAUUGUGUACUUAUCGCGUCAUCAUUUGAUCCUCAAGGACAAGAUAAAAAAAGAAUUGUUGUGGGUAAGUGAGUGGUACUUAACAUCAAGGUUACUUGAGGGCUGGUUCAAGGGGAGAAGUAAACUAUCUUUAUUUUUGUUUUGACUUUUAAAUCACUUUGCCCUGUCUAAUAACUGUAACCUGCAAGUAUAUAAGAGAAACCUACUGCCGAGACAAGUAGACGUUUGUUUGCGCAGAGGAAAGGAAACGCACAACCAGCUUUAAACAUCUAUCCCAAAAACAAAUUAUCCAUACAAUGAAACAGGUCCUGUUGGAGGAGCGAAUAUCGAAGAUGCUCGUUCCAGUUCAUCACAACAUCACUGACAUUGUGCCAGAAUGCAUGUCUGGAACUACGGCGAUUCUUUCACUCCUGUUGUGUCUCUUCAUGCUGGUGUGGAACUGUAAGGCUAAAGCAUCUAUACCAGGUCCCAUUUUCUGCAUGGGUAUUGGUGCACUCCUUUCAUAUGGCAGAUUUCUAUGGACAGGAAUAGGAAAUGCAAGCAACUACUACAAUGAGAAAUAUGGAGAUGUGGUCAGGGUAUGGAUUGGCGGAAAAGAAACUCUCAUCUUAAGCAGAUCCUCUGCAGUGCAUCACGUAUUGAAACAUGGAAAGUAUGCCACGCGAUUCGGUAACAAGCAGGGUCUGCAGUGUCUUGGCAUGAAUGAUGGGGUUAUUUUUAACUGUAAUGUUACUCUUUGGAAGAAGUUACGCUCCUAUUUUGCUAAAGCUCUUACAGGUCCAGUAUUGCAGAAAGCUGUGGCAGCCUGUAUGGAUUCCACUACUCUAUACUUGAACAAGCUCCCCGAGAUGACCAAUCACCACGGCCAGGUGGACGUCUUAAUGCUACUCAGACUGAUCACUGUGGAUGUCUCCAACAGGCUAUUUCUGAAUGUUCCGAUGGACGAAAAGGAAGUGGUAUCUAAAAUACAGCAGUACUUUGACACCUGGCAAGCACUACUUUUAAAGCCAGACAUUUUCUUCAUGUUCAAAUGGAUGUAUCAAAGACAUGAGGCUGCUGCACAGGAAUUACCAAAAGCUAUUGAUAAUCUCCUUGAGAAAAAGCGAAAGGCACUUCUAGAAGCUGAGAAAUUGGAUGAUUACAUUGAUUUCACAUCAGAAUUAAUAUUUGCUCAGAGUCACGGAGAGCUGUCUGCUGACAAUGUGAAGCAAUGUGUGCUGGAGAUGCUGAUAGCAGCACCUGACACCAUGUCGGUCACUUUGUUUUACAUGUUAAUGCUUAUUGCACAACACCCCGAGGUUGAGAGGAAACUGCUGGAGGAAAUUAACACUGUUAUAGGGGAACAUGAAAUACAAAAAAGAGACUUGCAGAAUCUGAAGGUCUUAGAAAACUUCAUCAAUGAGAGUCUGAGAUUCCAUCCAGUGGUGGAAUUCUCCAUGCGCAGAGCCAUUGAAGAUGAUGUCAUUGAAGGCUACACUGUGAGAAAGGGAACAAACAUCAUCUUGAACAUGGGCUGGAUGCAUAAAGGAGACUUCUUUCUCAAACCAAAUGAAUUCAGCCUGGAUAACUUUCACAAAACUGUUCCCAGUCGGUUCUUCCAGCCGUUCGGGUCUGGCCCUCGGUCCUGUAUAGGGAAGCACGCAGCCCUGGUGAUGAUGAAAGUGAUCCUGGUUACCCUUCUGAAGAGAUACACUGUCCAGCUUCAGACAGGAUGCUCUUUAAAAAACAUGGAAACCAGCAAUGAUCUGUCUCAGCACCCCAGAGAGACUCAAAACAUGCUGGACAUGUUUUUUAUUCCGAGACAAAAAACAGAGUAAAUGUUACUGUAUGUUAAACUGAACAUUGCAAGACACCACCUUUUAUUUUCCUAUUGUUUGUUUGUUUGAUAUCACACUUUAAUCUAGGAAUGAGUUAACCUGGCUGUGCAGCGUGUUGGGUUUGCUUUAUUCCAAUAAUGACAACAAAUAUCAAAACGGUUCAUAAGGAGAAUAUAUAACACCAUUAACUAGUUACACAGACUAUGAUAAUUCCACAUACAAUAAUGUCCUAUGGCUAGCAUUUGUGCUGCAUAUUAUGUUUUCUUUUCUUUCAUUGUUUUAUUCUGUUUUAUAUUAAUAUUGCAUUACAUCAUACAAUAUCAAAUCUCACAAACAGUGUAUAGCAGACCUUGUAAUUAUAUAUAUAUAUAUAUAUAUAUAUAUAUAUAUAUAUAAUUACAUAAUUUUAAAAGCUUAUAAAAAGGUAUACUGUGUAUCUGUCUAAUAUACAAAUCCUGAUUCACCCUUAUUUGAGUUUCUCAUAACUCUCUAUAGUACACAGGAGAAAGGAUUGCCUGAAGAGUUAUUAAUUUUCCCCCAUAGCAGCAGAAUAUUGAUGCACAUGAAUUAGAAUGAAUUAGUUAUGGUGAUGGACAUGCAUGUGGACUUGUUUAUCACUAUGGAGUUCUGUAAGGUUUUUUUUAAUUAUUAUUUUUUUUACGAUGUUUUGGUUUUGAAUAUUACAUAAAUCCUGUUUGACUACUGCUCAACAAAUCUUAAAUCCAUCAUUUCUUGUAUUUUGCUGUUGUGGAUUUUCCAGUGACACAUGUUUUCAGAAGAUCACCUCACUGUAACUGUAGUCCAAGUGGACUAAUGCAAUAUUAACAGAAGCCGCUGUACAAAUAAAAAUUGCUAACAGGACCUAUUAAACUGGAACACAUUGUCAAAGAUCA